AGUUGGUGGGGGUACGCAGGGUGUAGCUCCGCCACAAACGCUCCCGGGCUUCAGUUGCAGCAUAGCGUUGUGCGAGUCAACGUGAAACUUCCCAUCGUCUUCUCAGCUCACCUAGAUUUCAUAGAAAGCAAAAUGAUGCAAAAUGGCAUGGACGCAGUGCCCCAACAGAACGGCACUAUGCACACAAAUUCGUCAACGUCUUCAUCUUCAAAUUCACACAAUUCCUCUUCGCAAACUAAUACGGGUGGACAACAAGAAGAAAGUAAGACGAAUUUGAUUGUCAAUUAUCUGCCACAGACAAUGACCCAAGAAGAAAUCCGCUCCUUGUUCUCGUCUAUCGGUGAAGUUGAGAGCUGUAAACUCAUCCGUGACAAAGUUACAGGACAAAGUCUGGGAUACGGAUUUGUGAACUACCAUCGACCUGAAGAUGCAGAGAAGGCCAUUAAUACUCUGAAUGGCUUGCGGUUACAGAAUAAGACCAUAAAGGUUUCAUAUGCACGGCCAAGCAGUGAAGCCAUCAAAGGAGCAAACCUGUAUGUCAGUGGGCUGCCAAAAAACAUGACACAGCAGGACUUGGAAAAUCUGUUCAGUCCAUAUGGCAGGAUAAUUACUUCACGAAUUCUUUGUGACAAUAUCACUGAAACCAGCGAAAAAACAAGCAGUUCCGAGCCAGAAUCCAUGGAGCCUACUUCCUUAACGCGUCUGUCUAAGGGUGUUGGCUUCAUUAGAUUUGACCAACGUAUUGAAGCUGAACGUGCAAUCCAGGAACUUAAUGGCACCGUUCCAAAAGGUUCCACAGAAGCCAUCACAGUGAAAUUUGCAAAUAAUCCAAGCAACAACAACAAAGCAAUCCCUCCUUUAGCAGCUUACUUAGCUCCUCAAGCUCGGCGCUUUGGCGGACCGAUUCACCACCCGACGGGGCGCUUCAGGUACAUUCCACUGUCACCACUCUCCAGCACUGGCAAGACCAUGCUAGCCAUAAACAAAGGCUUACAGAGGUAUUCACCGCUAGCUGGAGAUCUGCUUGCCAAUUCAAUGCUACCAGGAAAUGCUAUGAAUGGCUCGGGAUGGUGCAUCUUCGUGUACAACUUGGCACCGGAAACAGAAGAAAAUGUCCUAUGGCAACUGUUUGGCCCAUUUGGUGCAGUACAGAGUGUUAAAGUUAUUAGAGACCUCCAAACCAACAAGUGCAAAGGUUUUGGCUUUGUAACAAUGACAAAUUAUGAUGAAGCUGUAGUAGCUAUCCAGUCACUAAAUGGAUACACUUUGGGAAAUCGUGUCUUGCAGGUGUCGUUCAAAACAAACAAAAGCAAAACCACAUAAGUGGCUGAAAGAACUUGUACAGCUGCUGUCACAUUGGCUGCUGUAGUGCAUUUUGCGUGACCGUGCUAGUCAUAAGCUGAAGCAGGUGAGAAGGCUGCACUUGUUUAAUAAUGAUCACUCUACGAAACCAGGAAUUGUGGACCUAAUAAUUGUUGGCGAUUAGUCCAUUUGGUUGCUAGAUUUCCUUUAUCCUCCCUGUUCAUCCUUGUUCCCUUUCUCCAUCAGCCAUUCCAAUCCCUGUGUUCUUCGCAGUUCCAUAGAGUUUUUAGUGUCCUUUCUGAAAUAAUUUUUGGAACAAAUGCAGCUUUCCAGAAGGGUUAACUUUCCAGGUGUAUUAUGGUUUUAUUGCCCAAUAAUAUACUUGACUAUAACUGAUAAAACGCAGCCAACUUUGAGCUAGUCAAGACUAGUGCAAGUCAUGUGUUUCCUAAAGAAAGGUGUAUGAGGAGCAAAGUGGCAUUUUAUAAAAUCCUCCUCAUUCUCCUUGGUGGCAAUUCUAGACAUUUUAUUGUGUAAUUUAUUAAAUAUUUUAAUCAGUAAUGUUACUCAAGCUGUGUGCAAACUGGACAUUUGAUACUUUAGUGUCCAGCAUUGCAAGCCAAAGAAUAUGUUGUAAACUAUAUCUUAAGAUAUAUGAAGCAGCUAUUAAUGCUAUCAUUUUGUAGGAAUAUACAAAAUAUGAAAUUUCUCAUUCUGCACACAAUUCUUGUAACAUUG